AUGCAUCAUAUCGAGCAGGCACUAUCACGCAAGAAAAGCAGCAGCUGGCUGUCGCUUCUUAAAGAUGGUCGAAAGGGAGGCAGUUCCAAGUCCACGUCAGCAGCAGCUACAGCGGAACCUACGUCAGCAGAAACCGAAGCGCAUCAUGCCCCGCCAGGCGAGGAGAUUCCGGAGGAGGCUCGGGUCAAGCCUAGCCGAACCUCCAGCGGAGGCUCGUUAUUGGACUGGAAAGGGAAGGGCAAGAAGGAUAAGCCUAGGAGCUAUGCAUUGGGGAAGAGCGAACCGGGCGCGCCUGCCGUAACUAUCGAGGUUACAAGGGCCUUUGUUGACGACGAUUGCCCUCUUUCGUCUCUUUCCUCCACCGUUGUCUCCUCCGUUCCUUCAGGCUCCUCCCUCUCGUCCACCUCCUCUCGUUCCACCUCAGCACGCUCCUCACUGGACCGUCCCGUUAACGGCAGCCCCGCUAUAGACCGUUCCAGUAGAGACGAUGAGUCGCCUAUGGCUCUGCAAACGGCUGACUCCCUGCGCAUCCACAGAAAGGCCAAGGAAGCUUCGUCGAAGCAGCACGACGGCACCUCGCCAGUCCCGCAGCUGAAGCUUCGGAUAGAACCGCCAGUGGCGAGCCUCGAAGGGUCAGACCGAACCUCGGGCGCGAGCAGCCGAGCCAGCAGCAGCGGGAGCGAGAGCGGAAGCGCGACCGCCAGCAGCGGCCGGCACGACGGGACGAACGGCGCAACCAGCGCGAGCGUAUUGAGCAGCAGCAGGGGUAGCGUCGGCGGCCCGAACAGAGACCGGGACCGGAGCAGGGGUAGGGACGGGUCGCUUAGGGUUGUAUCGCUCCUAGGGGCGGCGACGGAGGUGGUGGCGACGCUAGGGUUGCAGCAUCUGCUGGUGGGGCGGUCGCACGAAUGCAAGUUCCCGCCGUCCGUGCUCGCGCUGCCGUGCGUUACGGCGCCCGCGUCGGGAUCGGGCGUGGAGGGGCCAAGCUGCGGCUCCGCGCACGACACGCUGUCGCAGCGGGUGCGGAAGAGCCUCUCCCGAUACCACGUGGACGUGGAAGCGAUAAAACGGCUGCAGCCAGAUGUGAUUAUAACGCAGGACGCUUGCGACGUGUGCCUCGUGACUGUAGCGGACCUCGAGGCGGCGUGCGCGGAGUACUUCAAGCAGCGCGAAGACUCGGGACACGUGUGCCACGUGGUAUCGCUCAAGCCAAUCACGAUCUCGGACGUGUGGGACAACAUGGUUCAGGUCGCAGCGGCGGUCGGGCACAGGGAGAAAGGUUGCGUGCUCGUGCAGACUCUUAAAGCGCGCUGGUCGCUCGUGCGCAGGCAGGUUCCGCUCCGCGGAUCGUCCCCGCGCGUGCGCGUGGUGUGCCUGCAGUGGCUGCGCCCGCUCAUGGGGGCGGGGUUCUGGGUUCCGGAGAUCGUCGCUUGCGCGGGAGGCAAGAGCCUGUCGGGGAAGCCGGGAGAGCGCACGGCCAUGCUAACUUUGGAAACCCUUCUAUCUUUGGACCCUGACGUCAUCAUCGCCAUGUGCUGCGGAUUGUCCAUGGAAGCAGUUUUAAGAGAGUUUCUUAACUUGGACGAUUUACCCCAGUGGAACCGGUUGAGAGCGGUUCAGACGGAUUCCGUCUUCGUGGCUGACGGCGACCGUUACUUUAACAACUCCGGGCCGACUAUAGUCGAGUCGGCGGAGAUCAUGGUGGAAAUUCUCCAUGCGCGCCGGUUCCCAAACCACAGAACCGCAGUGAACCGCUCUGGCGCGUCUGCUGGCGGUGAUAAUGACGCCCCGCUUUCCUCUUUCCGCAACAACCGCGGAUUGGGCGCAGGACACGUGGCAGCAGGUCCGGAUUCCCCGGAGAUCGAGAUUAAGUACGAGGGGAGGGCAUACGCACAGUUGACGGGGGGGUGCGUGGGCGCGUGGCGCGCGCUGCUGGGGGAUGGCGGAGGGGUCGACCAGGGGGGAGAAAGCUGGGGAAAACUGGAUGUGGGGAAGGGGGGGAAUGUGGGGAGCGGUACUGCGGGGGAAAAGGGGAGCGGGAGCGUAGGGGAGGGGGAGGGGUGGUUUGCGCAAUUGGCGUCGGAAGCAGCGGCUAAGGGGGCGAAGGAAGCGGCGCGGGAGGCGGCUUUGGUGGCGAAAGCGGGGGGGAAACUGCAGGGAACGCAAGGGCAGGGGAGCAGCAAGGGAGAGUUGGCGAAGGUGGCAAACAACGAUGCGUUUAUUGUUCCUCUUCGCCCGCCUCCUGGUUACACGGGAAGUGUUACAACAGCCAGCAGCAACGCCACUGCCGCCGCCGCUGCUCCAGUCGGUGCUGCUGCUGCUGCCGUAAGUGCUGCGCCCUCUGCACCGGCUCCCGAGCCCUUGGCGCCCCUCCCCUCUCCCCCCGGGCGCAGCUCCAGGCGGUCGCUGUGGGGGUUGAAGCGGGGGAAAGGGGGGAAGGACGCGGAGGAAGGGGGGAUUGAGGCGGAGAGGAAGGAAGAGGAAGCGGCGCAGCUGCGCGCGCUCUUCCUGGCGACCAUAGAGGACUCGCUCCCCGCGGACUGCCUGCUCCUCUCGGGCGGGCUCGCGUCCACCAUCAUUGCGCACGCCGCCACGUCCCUCAUCUGGCCGGGCAGCAUAGCCGCCGCUAUCACCGUCCUUGCGAGCCCCAAGGCCGCGGACAGGCUCCCCGCGGCGGCUGCCGCGCGCGGGUGCCAGCUGGGCGCGGGGAUGGGCGCGGGGGGGAGCGGGGGGCAUGUGUUUGUGGGGGGCGGGCCGGGGUUUCAGCCGGAGCACCUGCUGGAGACGGAGUUACGGUUUGUGGUGCGCGUGUUGAAGAGCUUCGACCCCGCUGAGAUCCGCAUGGGCGUGGUGCUGGCGGCGGGAUUGAGGGAGGCCAAGCGGCAGGGGUUCUGCUCGGUGAUGGUGGGCGAUGGCGCGGACGAGCUCUUCACUGCGUUUGACUUCAUGGUGCGAAUGAGCGAUGCCAAGCUACAGGAGUGUCGGCACCACAUGGUGGAUGUUCUGCGCUUCCCCUGCAGAGACCUCGCGCAGGCACUCGGCCUCGAGGUUCGGCAGCCGUUCCUGCACCCGGCCCUGCAGGAGUUCGCCUUGGGGCUGACCAAGGACGAGCUGCUGGGGGAGGGGCGCAGCAAGGAGUGGUGUGACUAUAACGAGGGCAACCUGCUGCUGCGCAUGGCCUUCCCUGAAGUGGUGUCCGCCCGCCGGCCCAAGGACCCCAUUGAGGUGGGAGCCGGCACAGUGGCACUAACACGCCAUUUUGCCAGGAGGAUGGCACGGGAGGAGUUUCAGGCAGAAAGGCAGAGGGUGAAGAGGGAGGACCAGGUUCGGAUACGGGACCCCGAGCAUCUGCACUACUACCAAGCCUUCCGCCAGGUGUUUGGCGGGCCUGUGCUCCCGGGGGUGCAGCGCUGGCAGCCCAACGCCUGCUCUGCCUGCGGCUUCCCGCCUCUCUUCCCAGACCAGCUCCUCUGCGCCACCUGCGGCGAAUGCUCCACUCGCAAACCCUCCUCCCGCCGCCGCUCCCAACCCAACAACGCCGGUCCUGGUGCUGGCGGUGUUGGGAGCUGUGCUGGGGACGUUGGGGCAGGCGCAGAUGGGUUCGGAGGGGUUGGAUUGGGCGGAUUGGAAGGGGCGCAUGGGAGGGGCCAGUCGGGCGGGACUGGUAGCGGUUCUAACGGCCGGGGGAGGUUGAGUGAUGUGCCACGCAGCCCGCGCCGCCCCUCCACCCCCCCUCGAGGCUCCUCUCCCAGUGGUGCCUCCCCUUCCAGUGCUGGCAACAGCGGGAGGAAGCAGCGCGGCUGCUGGGGCAACGCGGGAGCGGGAGGAGGGCAAGUGGGAGGGCGAGAGGCGUUUGGAGCGGUGGAGAGGGAGGGGUGUGGGGAGGGAGGGGAGGGGGGGGAGUGGGGGGAGCAAGUGGUGGUGGAGGUGGCAGAGGAGGUGUGUGCGGCUCUGUCAGUGGUGGAUCAGGCACUAGCAGGGGUUGCGUCGCCUGAUCGAACCUUGCCUGUGAAACACGCCCUAGGAACAAGCAGCAGCAACAUCAACAGCAACAGCAGCAGGAGUUGCACGAACAACAAUGGCUCCAUGAAUAAUGUGCAUCCGAUGAGCAACAUCCACGCGUUGCUGCUCUCAACGUACUCGCACCCGCCCUCUGCGGCUUCAGCUCUCCACCAUUCCGACUCGCUGCUCUCCCUGGUUGCCUGUGUGGACGGUGGGUUGAGCGUCUGGGGCGAUAUUAUCGGCUCAAGCCAGUGCAGCGACGAGCCUGAAGGAGAUAGUGACUAUAACGGGCGGGAUAAUAACGAGGAAAAGGAGAGGUGUCGGAGCGAGGGUGGGCAGAGGAGAGGCAGCCGGAGAGCGGGGAGGGGGAGGCGGAUGGGAGAGCGAGGAGGGGCGAUCGGUGGAGGAGGGUCGAUGGACGGUCUGGAUCGCGAGGAUGCAGAUGCGAUUACCGAGGGAACGGAGAUGUGGAGUGUUACUGAUGCGACGACAGAAGUAGCAGGGUUUAGUGAGAGUGAAGAGUGGGGCGAUGGGGAUGCGGAUGGGGAUGGGGAUGGGGACGGCACACACGAAGGGCUGAGCAGCAGCGGCAGUUUCUCGGACUGUGCUAGUAGCUUUUCAGGGAGGGAUGGGGGAGCGGAGGUGCUUGGGGUGGGGAUGAUGGGGGUAGGGGGAGGAGGGGAGAAGGGUUAUGUGCUGGGUGGAAAUGAGUGGGGGGACAGUGGGCAUGGCAGUGGAAGGUGCUUGGUGCAGAUGUGGCUGCCAAGUCAUCAUUGA